UCUUCUGCUGAGAUGAGAGUGAUUCUCUGCACUCUGCUGUUACUGAACGGGAUUCUCAUCUCAUUCCAGGGUGAUUUUAUCCUACUUGUACCCAAUGAGCCUUUGGUAGCCAUUGCAGGUGAAGAUGUUGUACUGGAAUGUGAGCUGCUCCCACCAACCUCUGCCAGCAACAUGGCAGUGCAGUGGCUGAAAUCCGGUCUCAGCUCACCCAUCCACGUGUACAGACAUGGACAAGAUGACCCCCUCGCUCAACACCAGGAUUACAGAAGAAGGACAGAACUGUUUAAAGAUGAAAUUACCAAAGGAAUUGUUUCCCUCAGAAUAAAGAACGUAAAGCCGGACGAUGAAGGGCAAUAUAUAUGUUCAGUUGAAGACAGACCUGACUUCAAACAAUCUACAGUUGAACUGCGUGUUCUCGGCUUCGACCUCUGUGAUGGAGACUGCUCAAAGUUCCAGGAGGCAGGUAUUCCACUUCAUUUAGACUGUUGA